AUGGCUACAGCUCGCAAUGACAGAGAUGAAGAAGAAAGCCUACGAGCCAAAAUAACUGAAAAUUUUGUCAGCUGUCCAUUAUGCCUUGUUGAGUACAAAGACCCGACAGAUUUACCAUGUAGGCAUACAUUUUGUAAAGGUUGUCUGAAGACUUAUAUUUCAAACUCAACACCAGGAAGUAAAUUCCGGUGUCCUGUGUGUCGGAAAGAGACAGAAGUUCCUAAAGAUGGACUUGAGGGCUUCACUCACAAUUUCUUCAUGGAAAGCUUGCAGGACACUGUAAUUCAGUCAACACAUAAGAAAAAGUGCAGCUCUUGUGUUUUGUUGUCCCAAACUGAAACAGUGGCUACUUCAAAAUGCAUCACCUGCCAUGACUACCUAUGUGAGAAGUGUUCUUCAUUUCACUGUGCUACCACACUCACCAAAGAUCACAGGGUACUCACUUUUCAACAACUUCACAGCAGUGAGUAUCAAAAAGAAAUCCAAGAGCAGCAGAAGAUUAUCUGCCCAGAGCACAAAGGUGAGAUGAUACGAUACUUUUGUUCAGACUGCAAUGUCCCCAUUUGUCGUGACUGCAGAGAUCUACACCAUGAUGGCCACAAACUUAUCUCCCUUGAAAAAGCUGCAGAGAUGGUAAAGCCACAACUUCAGACCAAAUUCUGUGGCAUGGAGAAAAAAUUAGAAAUGGGUGAGAAAAAAAUAGAUAAAAUUGAUGAAAUAUUGGCAACCCUCCAAGAAAAUGAAAACUUUGUUCAGCAGAAGAUCAAAACUCGUGCAGCUCAUCUACGUCAACUGGUAGAUCAACGAGAGAAAACCUUACUACAGGAGCUUCAUCAAACCACAAGCACUCACAGAAAUAAUUUACAAAUGUCCCACAAAAACUGCAGUGCCACUUGCUCCUCUAUCAAAACCACAACAGAUGUAGUAAAGAACAUCCUUCAACGUGGUGCCCCCAUAGAUGUCCUCAUGUUACAACACCAACUUGGACAGAAACUAGAUAAGCUACAGUCAACUUCAGCUGUGGAUGAUAUUCCAGAGGAACUAAAACUCACACUCACCACCAACACAGAAGUGGACCAAAAGAUAUCCAGUGGGGCUGGCCUGGGGAAUGUGCAGAUAUCUAGACAAACAGCUUUGCCCAAGUUCAAACCACAGGCUGAAUGUAUGCUGGAGUUUGACACUGGCCGUGAGGUGCCAGUGGACAUUUCAGUGAGUCCAAACAGGGAGUAUGUUACUACCCAUGGUUGGAAGAACAAGGUGAAGGUUUGUAGUUCAGAUGGUACAUCAAGACAAGAGAUCACAAGUGUCUCAGACACACAGUUGAAAUGUCCAGUAGGAAUCUGUCACUUUCCUGAUGGAAGGAUGGUUCUAUCUGCUGCUCGCAAUAACAAACUGUUUAUCCUGUCACCACAGUGGGAAGUACAGCAAACUGUUGAUGUCAAUAACCCAUAUGGUGUGGCUCUCAAUAACAGCUGCACUCAGAUUGCUGUGGCACAGAGUAGCAAAAAGAAGUCUGUGAGUGUGUUCAGUAUUGAUAUCAAAGGGAAAAUAACUUUAACUGAUGUGAUAAAGAACAAAGAUGGGGAACAGUUGUUCAAUGAACCAUAUAAAGUAGCAUAUAUGAGCAAUGGGUGCCUUGUUGUCAGUGAUCUAUCACAAAAGAAACUUCAUAUCCUAACCCCAUCUGGUGACCCACUGUAUCAGUACACAGGACCUGAUAACAAGUUAGGUACACCUCUUGGUGUCUGUGUUGAUGGAUAUGACAACAUACUAGUUACAGAUCAUGAUAACCACUGCAUACACCUUGUAUCCCAAAAUGGGAAGUUCAUCCAGUACAUAGCAACCAGAGCUGAUGGACUUUAUUACCCAUGGGGAUGUACCAUCAACCAGGAUGGAGAUGUGGUUGUGACUGAAUUUGAUGGGAAAGUGAAAGUAUUCCAAUACUUGGAAAAAUGA